CAUCGACUGGCAUUUGCCGUAAUUGGGACAAGCGGCUGCUUUGUCGUAUGAACAUACACCUCGGGUGCCGUCGUGGCUCAUCGCUGCUGGCGACCAUUGGAAAGCGUCAUGCUGAGUUACAUGUCCAGCACCGGACGCGGAGACUUGAAGAUGAUUCAGUGGCCACGCGACAUAAUCAUCAAGUGUUCAACAAAAUAUUUCAUUCGCGAAAUCAUAAGGCAUUGAGUCUUGAGGAACAGAGAGCAAUGAUCGGUCAAUAUUUCGCUGCGGCCAUUUCUGUCUUCCCCGAAUCACAACCCGCGUGCGAUGGCGUGCAGCCACGUUCACACCACACAGUACACGAACGAGGCUCUUGAGACGAUCCGGAACCGUCCAAUGAAAUGGAAUGUCACUCGAUGCAAAGAAGAGCUUCGUCCAGGAACUGUCGCGCUAUAGGUCAGCUUUCCAAGAAGGGAAAGAUGUGGCUAC